AUGGUGUCAAUCAUAAGCCUAGGCGCCGUUUCUCGUUUGAAAUCUUUCAGCGAGCAAACUCCUCUAGAAGAUCUACCUAGUGAGGAUAUUCGCCCACCAGCUUUAUGGCCAGAGAAAGGCAGAAUUAAAGUCCAAAAUAUUUCUGCAUCAUACUAUGGUGCAGAGCUAGCUGUAGAUAUAGCAAAAUCGGAAAAUCUUGCUCUACGGGACCUUACAUUCAUAAUCGAAGCUGGCCAGAAGGUAAUACUUAUGUUUAUUGAUAGUGGUAAGUCUUCCAUCGUCCUCCUCCUUCUACGCCUCUUGGAUCCACUUUCUAUAUGUGAGGGCGACUUGAUCAUCGAUGACGUCUCCCUCCUGAGAAUAGAUCGCUCUACUUUGCGCGAGCGUAUAAUCGCAGUACCCCAGGAUCCAACAUUUUUUCCUGAUGGCACUUCAUUCAAAAAGAACCUCGAUCCAUUCAACGAAAUCGGGGAAGAUGAGUGCCAGCAAGUGCUCGAGAUGACAGAAAUUUGGGCAUCUGUGUCUAGUCAUGGAGGUAUUAACGCCGGACUGACUGCCAACACAUUAAGCCAAGGCCAGAAACAGCUAUUCAGUUUUGCCAGAGCGGUUUUACGUCGGCGAAUUCGUUCUCAUCUACUGAAUGCUGAGGUUGGGGAAAAUUACCUAGAGUUAAAAUCUUCUUUAGUACAGCCGCAACGUGAUGGUGGUGUCCUAGUCCUUGACGAGGUCAACAGUAGCACAGACCGGGAGACGCAGAAAACCAUUCAGAAGAUUAUAUCGCAGGAACCAACUGUCUGA